CUUGUGCUGAUGGUCUGUUUACAUAAACUACCGCUGACAGUGGGUUUUAGAACUACUGGAGUGUGACCUGCACAGAGAUGUUACUUCAUUCUUGGAAAAGUUAUUCACCAUGGACAACCUAUGCGACAGUGUGUGUCAAUGUUCUAAUACUAUGGAUUAUGUUGAGUGUGUGGAGGUGAGGAUGUGUAGCGAUGUCCCGCCUGUCGUAAGACAGAGUAUCACAUCGGGAAACUGUGUGUUGGGAGUUAUUGGGGUCGCUACUACAGAGCCUGGGGUUCUUUAUCGAGGUGAUAGUCAGCAGGAAGCUACAUCCUGGCUCGCACCCGUCAUUGCUACAGCGACUGUCAUCUCCCUUAUACUGAUGGCCAUGGUAAUUCUGCUACUCGUGAGGAGGUUUGGGUGUGUGUGUAGGAGCAGGCUGAAUGCCCCGUGGACUAGAGGUCGCAGGGGUCAAAGACAGACGGUUGUAGUAGACGGGGAAGUUGAGUUUUCUCUCACCCCCGCCCAGAGGCAAGCAAUCGCAGACAGCGUGGGGUUUGAGAUAGGUAGUGAAAGCGAUGAAGAGGAGUCACAUUUUGAUGCCUCAACUCUGUGAGACGAUGUCAUGCCCACAACUCAAGCCAAAUACCUCAAGUCAACAGGACCGUCCAACAAUCUCUUUUUUACACGGACUAUUUACAUAAGGCCAUAUAUAUACUCUGUACAUAUUGAUGCUGAUGCCAUCCUUAGUUAAAUCUUGUAAAUAGUGUUAUGGGC